CAACAUACACACACAACACUCUCCCUCCCAAAUAUUGUUUUUGCUUCUUCUUCUCUCUCUCUCUCUCUCUCUCUGUACCAAACCCUAAAAAUCUUUCCCCCUCUUUAGUCUUUACGAAAAAUAUAUUUUUUUAAAAUAGGAAAUAUUUUUUUUUUUCUAAAAUUUUUACCGUACAGAUCCUUCAACUUUUCUGUAAUUUCCGUUUUCUCCUUUUUCACUAUCGAAAAACCCUAGCGAGCUUCCGUACGAAUUCGAUUCCUGUAUCGUUCUGAAAAUCGGAGCUUUUUUCGAGUCAACCGGGUUAGGGUUUUCGAUUCGGGUUGCGCAUCGGUGGUUCUUCGAACCCUAGUUUUGUUUUACCCUCAUUUCUUUUUGGUUGAGGUUCGAUCCUUCUGAGAUUGGUGUUUAGGGUUUCGUUUGUCAGGCUUCGUUGUUGGUUUUUGUCGGGGUCCGGUUUCAUGUAUGGAUUCGGGUACAAAUGAUUUGAAUUCGAGAGAGAGGUUGCGGUGGGGCGACGCUAGCAAGGUCUAUACCAGAAAGGGGAAAAGGAAGGCCGCUCUUAUCUCUGACAACGACAACAGAGCUACAAACACCGCCACCGCUACCGCCACUACAGCGACACCACAGGCCACUAACUCCAACGAAGAAAUCCAGAAGGAGAAUAUUGAUGUUCAAGGACCGAAUCUGCAAACCCUAGAAUUCGAGGAACCAAAAUUAGCGGAGCAAGAAAAAGAACAACCGGAUGCGCGGCAUCAGGACCAGGCGAUUUCGGAACCGCAUGAUUCUUUGAAUCGGAUUUCUAAUCGGGAUGUAAGCGCCGGCGAUGAGCAAGUGGUAGCCUCCCAUGGCGAGGAAGUACAGGAUGGUGGAAGUGGACCCCUGGUGGAGCCAGAUGGCAGCGACGGGUGCCAGCCAAUGGUGCAAGAUAAUCACAUAGACGAGCCGGAUAGAAGUAUCAGAUGCCAGCCUGUGACUCAGGAGAAUCACAUAGAGGAGCCCAAUGGGAAUAUCGGAUGUCAGCCCUUGGUUCAGGAGAAUCAUGUAGAUGAGCCUGAUGGAAGCAUUGGAUGCCAGCCCGUGGUUCAGGGGAAUUACAUAGAGAAGCAGGAUGGAAGCAUACGAUGCCAGCUCGAUGUUGUGGACAAUCACAUAGAUGAGCCUGAUGCUGUGGACAAUCACAUAGAUGACCCUGAUGGAAGUCUUGGAUGCCAGCCAAUGGUGCAGGAUAACAAACCAGAUGGAAGUCUAGGAUGCCUGCCAGUGGCCCAGGAUAAUCACAUAGACAAGCCAGAUGGGACUAUCAGAUGCCAGCCUGUGGUGCAGGAUAAUCGCACAGAUGAGCAGGACGGAAGCCUGGGAUGCUCCCCUGUCAUGCUGGAUAAUCACAUUGAUGAGCAGGAUGGAAGCCUGGGAUGCCCCCCUGUCAUGCAGGAUAAUCACAUAGAUGAACCCGAUGUGAAUCUCAGAUGCCAGCUUGUUGUGCAGGAUAAUCCUGUAGACGAACCAGAUGGAAGUCUCAGGCACCCUCCAAUGACGCAGGACAAUUUCAUAGAAGAGCCAGAUGGAAGUACCCAAUGCCAGCCCAUGGUGCAGGAUAAUCACAUGAAUGCGCUGUCAUCUGGGUACCAACCAGAGAUUAUUGAAGUGGUGAAGCCUGGCCCUAUCAUCACUAGGCUAGAAGAUAGGGUUAGGAUUCAUUUGUCAGGAGCAAGGCCCGUAGACGAGAUUAGGGAUCUUAAGAGGAAACUAGAGAGUGAGCUCUAUCAGGUUAGGGAUGUAGUAAAGAAGCUUGAAGCCAAUGAGCUUCAGCUAACUGCUUAUGAUAAUACUGCUGAUGUUACUAAUAUUGGUAGCACUGGUGCUGUUCCUGCCAAUGUUGCUGGUGCAUAUGGGCAUCCACAGUUUCCCCGGAAUUAUGUUAUCAAGAAUAGAACAUUAGUGAGAGUGAACUCAGAGGUUGGUUCAGUGGGGCACCAAGAAGUUAGCCUGUUUAGGCCACCGAGUAUUUUGGUCACAGAAAGCAAUCAUGGGGUUGGUGAACUUGUGGAAAAGGAAAAGAGGACACCAAAGGCUAAUCAGUAUUAUACAAAUUCAGAGUUCCUACUUGGGAAGGAUCGGUUGCCUACUGAAAGCAAUAAAAAGUUGAAGCCGAAUGGUAACAGGAAGAAGCAUGGUGGGGAGUUUGGCCAUGGUUUUGGCUUCAAUUUUGGGUCUGAGAAGCAUAAGAAUCAGGUAUUUAGGAGAUGCAGUGCCCUGCUUCAGAAGUUGAUGAAGCAUAAUUAUGGUUGGGUGUUUAAUAAACCGGUGGAUGCUUAUGCUCUUGGGCUACAUGAUUAUCAUGAUAUUAUUAAACAUCCUAUGGAUUUGGGCACAAUUAAGACUAGGCUUUCCCAGAAUUGGUACAAAUCCCCAAGGGAGUUUGCAGAGGAUGUGAGACUAGUGUUUCGUAAUGCCAUGACAUAUAAUCCAAAAGGCCAGGAUGUUCACGUUAUGGCAGAACAGAUGUCCAAGAUUUUUGAAGAGAAGUGGGCAGCUAUAGAGGCUGAUCUUAAUCCAAAUUGGAGUCUUCAAGUUUAUCAUGACUCUGGUUUGCCCACUCCCACUUCAAGAAAGACAGCUCCUCCUUCAUUUGUCUCUGCACCUGUUCCAGCAUCUGUUCUUGCUCCUCAAAUGAGGACUUUUGAUAGGUCUGAGUCAAUUACUAGGUCAGUUGAUACCAAAAUGAAGCCAUCUUUUCAUUAUAGGACACCUGUUCCUAAGAAACCAAAAGCUAAGGACCCCAACAAACGGGAUAUGACAUACGAGGAAAAACAGAAACUUAGCACAAAUCUUCAGAGUUUACCUUCUGAAAAGCUUGAUGCUAUUGUUCAGAUCAUUAAGAAAAGGAACUCAUCACUUUCUCAACAUGAUGAUGAGAUCGAAGUAGAUAUAGAUAGUGUUGAUGCGGAAACACUUUGGGAGCUUGAUAGAUUUGUAACCAAUUACAAGAAAAGUUUGAGCAAAAAUAGGAAAAAGGCUGAAAUCGCUCAAGCUAGAGCUGCUCAGAAUGCUUCUGCUAUGACCCAUUUCCCAGUGGUUGCUGAUUCACAGAAAGCAAGCCGAAGUAGAGAGGCAAAUUAUCCUAUAACUACUUCACCUCCUCGUCCUGCUCAAGGAGAAAAACUGGUGGAUAAUGCAAGUAGGUCUAGCAGUAGCUCAAGUAGUUCUAGCAGUGACUCGGGAUCAUCUUCAAGUGAUUCUGAUAGUGAUAGUUCUUCUGCAUAUGGAUCAGAUGCUGGGCGUUAGCUGAAAGUGCUCUUUAUUGCAUGGAAAAGCACUCUUUGCGGAUUUGGGACAAACCCCCUGCAUGAUUCCUGGGAUAGUUAAGUGCCUUAGUUUGAAUUGUGCUGCGUGCAGAAUGGAAGUGCCUCAUUUUUUGACAAUGGAAAAGGCUGCAUGGCUCAACCAUAAUUGAAUUGUUGAUCUAUGUUUUAAGGUGACCUUUUUGGUUGGUUGGAUAUGGAAAGGCAGCUUAUGGGGCACUUUGCGGCAACGAGUUGUUGAGUGGCUGGCUGGUGGGAUUUAGAUUGCAGAAAAGUAGUGUUGCUCCUCCUUCCUAUUUAAAGAAUGUGGUGUAUGUAAUAUUAGAUUAUUUUUUCUCUCUUUUUCUUGGCUUUACAAUUAAACAAUUAACAUUCUCUUUUUUCUGCUUUUGAAUAGAAAAAUGAGUACAAGUGAACAGAGAA